CCUGCCCUGUCAUUGUCCCCAUCGGUCUCCUUUUCCCUUCUAUCCUAAAAGCUUUGAGAGCCGCUGGCUUCUCCCGAUACCCAGCGUCUCUCCAUCUUCGGUAGGUCAGACGGGCAGGAUGGAGGGCUGCCUGGGAGAGGAAUCUUUUCAGAUGUGGGAGCUCAACCGACGCCUAGAGGCCUACCUGGCCCGGGUCAAGGCGCUAGAGGAACAUUAUGAGCUGCUCAGCGCGGAGCUCGUCGGUCUCCGGGCACAGUCCGGGGACGCUUCCUGGCGGGCCGGUGCCGACGAGGAGCUGGCAGCUCUGCGGGCCCUCGUCGACCAGCGGUGGCGGGAGAAGCACGCUGCCGAGGUGGCGCGCGACAACCUGAUGGAAGAGGUGGAGAGGGUGGCGGGCCGGUGCCAGCAGCAGCGGCUGGCCCGCGAGCGGACGGCGGAAGAGGUGGCCGGCAGCCGGCGUGCGGUGGAGGCGGAGAAGUGCGCCCAGGCCUGGCUGAGCAGCCGGGCGGCGGAGCUGGAGCGCGAACUAGAGGCUCUGCGCGCCGCGCACGAGGAGGAGCGCGCGGGCCUGACCGUGCGGGCCGCUGGGCCCCGGUGCUGCCCCGGCCUACCCUGCGGGCCCCCGGCGCCGGGCCCCGAAGUCGAGGAGCUCGCGCAACAGCUGGGCGAGGCGUGGCGCGGGGCGGUGCGCGGCUACCAGGAGCGCGUGGCGCACAUGGAAACCGCGCUGGGCCAGGCCCGCCAGAGGCUGGGUUGCGUGGUGCAGGGCGCCCGCAAGGGGCGCCUGGAGUUGCAGCAACUCCUGGCCGAGCGCGGCGGCCUCCAAGAGCGCAGGGCAGCCCUUGUGCAGAGAUUGGAGGGCCGCUGGCAGGAGCGACAGAGGGCCACUGAAAAGUUCCAGCUGGCCAUGGAGGCCCUGGAGCAGGAGAAACAGGACCUACAGAGUCAGAUCGCCCAGGUCCUGGAAGGUCGGCAGCAGCUGGCACGCCUCAAGAUGUCCCUCAGCCUGGAGGUAGCCACAUACAGGACCCUCCUAGAGGCUGAGAACUCCCGACUGCAGAUACCUGGUGGUGGUUCCAAGGUUUCCUUCAGCUUUCAGGGUAAGAGUUGAGAGCUUCAUUUUCCUGGGACCCCAGAGGGCCAGCGUCUGGGACCUUUGCUGUCUGUUUUGAGCCCUACUCCUCUCUCCUUAUCCUUACGUGAUACCCUUGAGACACCUGUUCCAGCCUUGCUGAAGAGCCAGGAAUUCCUCCAAGCCCGUACCCCCACUUUGGCCAGCACCCCCAUCCCACCCACACCUCAGGCUCCCUGCCCUACUACAGAUGGAGAGAUCAGAGUCCAGGAUGCCCCUGUGUCUGCGCUCCAGCCACAGACUGGGAGGCAACCGUUUCCAGAGGCCAUAUGGGCUGACACCAGUGUAGCCAUCCCUGCUAGCAUCCUGCCAGGACCAGAGGAGUUUGGGGGCGAGCAGCAAAAGGCCAGUACAAGCCAGUCUCCUGAGGAGCAUGCCUCCUCGGCCAAACCCCUCAGUCCUGACCACCCCAUUUUAGAGGCCAAAGAUGGAGAACCUAGUGAGACUAGAGUGUCCAGCAAAUUCCAGGAGGAAGAUGAAGGGCAAAUGUGGGACCUGGCAGAGAAAGAAAUAGCCAUAGAGGUCAAAGUGGUAAGCAGCUCGCAGCAGCAAAUACAGCAAGAAGAGGGGGAUCUGGAUUUGAAGGAAAUCCAGAACUUUCACGGUCCUUUGGAAAAAGAAACUCUGCCAUCUCUGGAAGAGAAGAUUCAAGAGCCACUGAUGUUUCUGGAAAAACAGAACCAUGACACACUGAGAUCUCUAGAGAAGGAGAAGCAAGAGCUAGUGAAGUCUUUAGAGGAAAAGGACAUGGAGGUAGUGAGAACUCCAGAAAAUGAGACUCUAGCACUGCUUAAGCCUACAGGAAAAGAGGAGCCACAGACAUUGCAAUCUCUAGAAAAGGAGAAUCAAGAACUAGUAAGAUCUCUUGAAGACAACCUAGAGACAUUUUUAUAUCCAGAAAAGGAAAAUCAAGAAUUAGUGAGGUCUCUAGAAGGGGAGAACUUUGAGUCCUUGGGAGCUCUAGAGAAACAGAGUCAAGAGCCACUGGGGUCUCUAGAAGAAGAGGACCAGAAAACACUGAGAACUCUAGAAAAAGGAAAUACUGUGUCUUUAGAAGAAGAAAAUCAACAGACCUUGAGAUCUCUAGAAAAAGAAAACCAGGAACCAUUGAGGUCUCUAGAAGAUGAAAGCCAGGAGACAAUGAGAUCUCUAGAAAAAGAGACUCAACAGCCACUGAGAUCUCUAGAAGAAGAAGACCAAAUGACAUUGAGACCUCUGGAAAAGGUGAAACCAGAGCCACUGAAGUCUCUUGAAAAAGACCAGGGGAUAUUUAGACCUUUUGAAAAAGAGACUCAAGAGUUAUUAAGGUCCCUAAAAGAAGAGAGUGUAGAGGCAGUAAGAUGUUUAGAAACAGAGAAUCUAGAACCACUAAAGUCUACAGGAGAAGAUCCAGAAAUAUUAAAAUUUACAGAAACUCAAGAGCCAUUGCGGUCUCUGGAAGAAAUGAAUUGGGAGACAGUGAAACCUCUAGAAAAGGAAAUUCAGGAAUCCCUGGGGUCUGUGGAAGAGAACCACGAGUCAUUGAAGCCUCUUGAAAAGAAGAAUCAAGAAUCACUGGGAUCUCUGGGAGAGUGGAACCUAGAACAUUUGAGAUAUCCAGAAGAGGUAGACAAGGAAAGUCAAAAGUACCUAGAAGAGGAAGAAAGCCUGGACAAGGGAGAGAAUCAAGAGUCACUGAGGUCUCUGGAAGAGGAGGGACAGGAGCUGCUGCCGUCUGCAAAUCAGCAGAGGUGGGAAGAUGUGGUGGGGGGCCAAGAACUGGAUCAGGAAACACCCUCUGGGAGAGCUGGAGGGGACCAUGAGGAUGCGGCAGAGCUGGACCUGAGGGAAAAGGAUGGCUUCUCUGGAAAGGAGGAAUCUGCAGAGGAGGAAGAGCUGCAAUUGACCGGCACAGGUGAGGGGCACCCAGAGAGCCCUGAACCCAAAGAGCAGAGGGUUCCAGCUGAGGGCACCAGUGGGGAGGGAGGUACUGAGGGCCUUCAGGACCCUAAAGGGCAGCCAGAGCACAUGGGGGCCCCAGGCCUCCAAGCUCCCUCAGGAAUGUCAGAGGUGAUAGAGCCAGUGUUGGAAGAUGAGGAUAAGGCCCCAGGAUGUGGCCGAGCCUCCUCAGAGGUCACUUUGGGGUUGGAAACAGCUGUGGGUGAGUCUGCUUCAGGAGCUGAGCAGGGACUGGAGCAGGAGGUGGUAGGGUUGGAGGACCCAGGCCACCUGGCCAGAGAGGAGAUGAUGGAACCACUCCUGGGGGAAGAAAGUUUGGAGGCAAAGAGUGUGCAGGGCAUGGAAGGGUCUGGGAAGGACCUAGAGGAGGCAGCUGCUCUGGAGCCAGAGCAUCCCAUACUGCUCAAGAAGAGCGGAGACGGGGUUGGGGAGGAGUUGGAGCCUGAGGUCUCCUGGGGAGAAGAGGAGGUGUUUCCUGCUGAGAUCUUGUGCCAUGAUGGAAGUGAUACCACUCAACCCAGGUCUCUGGGGUCAGAGGAAGCUGAGAAGCAUGCAGAACCAGCACUAGGGCCCUCCAGUCCAAGGCCCUCUGAGCCAUCUUCACUCAUGCCAACCUGUGAAGAUGCCCCAGGGCCCCAGCCCCUAGCGGAGGAGAAUCAGGAAGCUAGCUGGGGGCUAGAGGGAAGGACUGAAGUCCUGGAAAAGGUGGAGGGUGAGGAGGAGGAGUUGAGUCCUGGGGGGAUCCCUGAGGGCCUUCAGGAUGAGGGGGAGGAGAGCAGAGAGGAGAGUGAGGCUGAUGAGCUAGGGGAGACCCUUCCUGACUCCACUCCCCUAGCCCUCUACCUCAGGUCCCCUGCCUCACCCAAAUGGGACCUAUCUGGAGAGCAGAGGCCCUCCCCUCAAGGAGAAACCAGAAAGGAAGGCUGGGAUUUUGCUGUUCUGACUGCUGAGGACCAUGGGGCCCACCCAAAGGAGGAAGAGGAGGAGGAGCGGGGAGAGGAGGAUGAGGAAUGUGGUCAGGACUCUGACCUGUCGGAGGAAUUUGAGGAUGAUGUGGGGACUGAGGCUUCUGUCCUUCCUGGGGUCCCUGGGGAAUUGAUGGAACCUCUGGGCCAGGUGUCCCAGCUGCUAUUGGAGCCUUCAGCCUGGGGUCAGGAUGGGGAGUCUGAUGGGUUUGCAGAUGAGGAAGAGAGUGGGGAGGGAGAAGAAGAAGAGGAGGAGGAGGAGAGGGAGCCAGGGGCUGAGCAGUGGGGGCCAGGGCCUUCUGCUGGCAGUCUCCCUGCCCUAAGUGGCCCUCAAAGCAGGAGCCUCAUAGGGUCUGAGACUGCGGAUACCAGCGUCCCCUGGGAUGAUGGCUUGAGGGGUACAGAAGCUGAUCCCCCUAUGACUGCCCUGGAGGCUGAGUCCCAAGACAGCACUGAGCCUUCUGGCUCAGAGGAAGAAUCUGAUGAUGCUCCCUUGGAGAGGGAUGACCAAGUUCUAGGCCCCAGUGGGACAGACGAUACCCCUGGGGUCAAUGGUCAAGGCCUAGUCUUGAAGAAAGAGUUGGAGCAUGUGAAUGGAACGUUGGUGAAUGGGCUGGAGCAGUCUGAAGGAGCUGGGCAGGAAAAACUGGGAGCCCUUGAGGGGGAUCAAGGGAGCCCUUUGGAGGAGGAGGAAGGGGGUGCACUGAAGACCCCUUGGGCAGGGGCUCCUCUUCAUUUGGGCCCAGGCCAGUUCCUGAAGUUCACUCAGAGGGAAGGAGAUGGAGAUUCUUGGUCCUCGGGAGAGGAUUAG